UAUUUUAGUCAGCCAUUCAGCUGAGACUUUGAAUGCAUAAAUCUUUCACUAUAAUAACCAUAAAGUGCUUUUUCUUUUACUGACUCACCAUUGUUGCUGCCCUCGCUGAUUUCUUCUCACCUCCAAGGCACUAUAAGCUGCAGACAUGUCUGAGGGACCGAGAAAGUCAAAAUAUUCAGCAACACGCCGGCUGCUUUUGAAGUCCAAACUGCUGAAAAAGGCAGCGUCUAUGCUGGUGGCUGAAAGUGAAGCCAAGAAACACGAGAAGGAAAGAGUUGUGAGUGAGUGCUACCCUCCACUGAAGCUGUCAGGUCUGUCAGUCCAGGAGCUCCAGGACCUUUGCAAAGACCUACAUCGUAAAAUUGAUGUUGUAGAUGAAGCACGUUAUGAUAUGGAGAUUAAAGUAGCCAAAAAUGAGAUAGAGAUCCAGACACUGAAUCAGAAGAUUAUCGAGCUGAAGGGUGUAAAGAGGCCCAGCUUGAAGAGGGUGAAGAAAACUGCAGACGACAUGCUGGGUGCACACACUGAGACCUCUAAACUCAUGAAGGGUGAUUUCAAAGUCAACCUUAAGACAGUGAAGAAGGGGGAUGAAAAGAGGGAAGAGGUGACUGACUGGCGUAAGAACGUGGAGGCCAUGUCCGGUAUGGAGGGCAGGAAGAAGCUGUUUAAUUCUAAUUAAGAAGGUGCUUUUGUGUAACAAAUAUGUCGGGAACACAUCAUCUUUCCUGAAGUACACCUUAUGUUGGCAAUGUUCAGUUUCUUUUUUCAUCUUCAUUUCAGAAUCAUUGUCCAAAUUCAAGAAGGUUUGCAUUGCAGGGUUGAAUAAAAAGGUUUUUGUAAAGAAUGAUGCCAUUUGUAAAAGAUUAAAUACAUGCACUUUUUUAGAUUAUACUGUAUUAGUAUAACUAUAAAUAGUUGUCUGAUCUUGCUUUAAUGUCAACUUUUAUGUAAAAAAUACCAGCGUAUGCCAUGACUGUAAUAAUAUAAAUUGUAGCCUUUGCAUAUUGAAAGCGUGCUAAAGAACAGGCUGAUUAGCUUCAUGAGUGUGUCUUUUAAAGUGCAGUAUUUGUAUUAUACAGAUGAUGGUGUUGUCUCACUAUCUGUAAUAUAUGUGAUGCUGAUUAAACCAUAAAAAUA